ACCGGUGCGGAAGUGGCUAGCUUCGACACAGCACCAACUGGAAGGUCGACGUAUUUUAACAGUUAAAUUUUGACUCUAACGAGCAAUGCCAUUUUUUAUUCAGAGGAAUGUUUUAACUUAGCUUUAGAGUCAUACCCAAAGGCAGGUUUCCGACGCGUGACACGUUUCCUGGUAGGAAAAAGCAACUUACAGAGGCUUACGUCACCACAAAUAGCGUGUUUAUUUUUAACACUUGAGCUCAUCUUGUCUCCUCAUGUCCGGUUCAAAAUGUACACGACUGAGCGGACAGCUGGUCCAACAACUGGUGGACUCUGUGGACAGCGUCCUGUUCGACUGUGACGGCGUCAUUUGGAGGGGGGACCAAGCCAUCCCUGGUGCCCCUCAGGUUGUAAAACUGCUCAAGAAACAUGGCAAGAAAGUCUUUUUCGUAACCAACAAUAGCACCAAGACAAGGAGGAUGUACGUGGAUAAGAUGUCCACGCUGGGCUUCAACGUGACCGAGGACGAGGUCUUUGGGACGGCGUACUGCGCCGCCAUGUACCUGAAGACUGUGUGCAAUCUGCAGGGUAAAGUGUACCUCGUGGGCAGCGGCGCCAUGAAGCAGGAGCUGGAGGCGGUCGGGAUCCAACAGACCGGGCUGGGACCAGACCACAUCUUCGGGAAGCAAACCGACUGGGCUAACGUGCCUCUGGAUCCAGAGGUGAAGGCGGUGCUGGUUGGUUUUGACGAACAUUUCAGCUACAUGAAACUGAACAGAGCGUUGCAGUACAUCACCAGGUCGGACUGUUUGUUUGUGGGAACCAACAGGGAUACCAGGCUGCCUCUGGAGGGGGGCACUGCUGUCCCAGGUACCGGCUGUCUGCUGCAGGCUGUUGAGACUGCAGCCCAGCGCCAAGCCGCAACGGUGGGCAAACCCAACCGCUUCAUGUUCGACUGCGUGGCCUCCCAAUUCGGCAUAGACCCCGGCCGCUGCUUGAUGGUGGGCGAUCGCCUGGACACGGACAUCAUGUUGGGCUCCAACUGCGGCCUGAAGACCCUCCUCACCCUCACCGGUGUCAGCACGUUGGCCGAGGCGGAAGCCAAUCAACAGAGUGGCUGUUCCGAAAGGCGUGGGAUGGUGCCUGAUUAUUACGUGGAGAGCAUCGCAGACCUUCUUCCGGCCCUGCAAGGAUGAGCCUGUCAAGACUCAUGUGGUACAGGAGGUUGGCUAACCUGUUCAUAGUCUUCCAUGUUAUUGAUUUAUUAUGUCUACGACAAAGACACCACCAUGCUUUUGUGGCGAUCGUGGACACAAAAAACGGAAUUUACACUCAGUCAUGCUAUCAUGUGGGCCAUCAUGGAUGCAAGGAGCUGGAUUUAUUUUCCCAAUUAGCAUACCUUAGUUAGCUUUGAGAUAAUUAAAUAUUGCCACAGCCUCUGCAUAUACUGUAUAUGAGGGACAAUGUAAAAAAAACAAACAAAAAAACAUAAAACUAAUAUGUAUAAAUGAAAUUAAGAUGUUAAAAUGGGUUCCUUUUGUAGCCCUUUAUAGUGCAAGGAACCAUAUUAGGUAACUUAAACGGUGAGAUUUCAAAACAGGAAAUUUAUUGUAAUAAUUUAAAAAAAUAACUCAUUGUUUUUAAUAUCAAUGAUUCUAUUUUUUUUUUUAAAGUUACUUAAGCAAAAAAAAUCAUGUAUUUUUUUGCAGUAAUUUUAUUGGGUUUGUUUUUUUUUGUUUAAUUUCUGAAUAUUUAAAUUAUUAAUAAAUUUUAUUUCAGAAAAGUGACAACCUCACAUACUGCUUUUUUUAAAGUAAUUUCUAGUAUUGUCAGUGUCAACAGGCAACACUUACCACACAGUAUGAUAAUAUAUGUAAGAGAUAAGUGUGUACUGUGGUUACCCAGAUGUGAUGUAAUCUGCCUACUUAAGCAACUAAAAGUACAAGUCAAGACAGGAAGCGGUCUUUGCCCUUGUGAGGCUGGGUUUACAUCAGUUUCAUACCAGGUGAUGAUGUAGUAAAAAGAUGGUUUUUCAAAUAUUCUUUGUUUUAUUAUAACAGAAAGUGAUGGUUUCCUACCCAAAUUGACAACAUUCACCCAUCCCUGAUAAUUAUUAUAAGUCUUUUCUUUUUUUUCCCCUGUUAGUUCUGUGCUGAUAAAGUCACCUUCUGCUUUCAUCCAGCGGAAGCAGCAGGACUUAAGUGUUGCAUAUCAUGUCUCUCCUGCUGAGAGAUGUCUUCCAUGCGGUGGCUGCUUUUAUGCCUUUUGUUUAUUGUCUCGGCUGGGGUCGGCUGCCAAGUGUGUGUGGAGUCCAAAAAGAGGGGAAAUGCAUGAAGGAAGCUGGUGGAACGCAAACCUGCACCAAAACUCUAAGCCGACUUCCGUAUGUCUGGAUUUUGUCAUGAAGAUGACAAAAGCUGCGGUGAUGAAACAAGUUCCUUGGUCGAGGGGGGAAAAAAACCUUGCCAUUUUUCCAUGUCAUUGUUCUGUAUAAACCGCACCAACACAGAAUGCGUGGAUGACGUUACAUUUUCUGCCGUCAGUGGUAGUGUCAGAAGCGGGACGCCACCUGUGCCCCUUUCACGCAAAAUCAGUUUUUUUAUUGGUUGUUGAUCAUGUGUGUACCAACACCACACACGCAAUUUUCACAGUAGUAUCAGAGGCAAGGUGCUUCCUGUGUUUAAAGAAGCCCCUUUCACACUUUUUCUAAAAGCCUGCAUUCUUCCACCUUUCUUUCUGUGUUGCUGUUCUGUGUAAAAUGCCACUAACAUAGAAGUAAACCUGGCAAUUUUCUGCCCUCGGUGGUAGUAUCACCACCUGUGUUGAAA